ACCUGUUUGACAUCUUGAAAUGUCCUUUUCAAGGAAUGUUUCAUGUACCACCAUCUUUGGAUCAAUCAACUGCUGCAUCACGGUUCAUCACUCCAUCGUGGCUUCUCAGAAAUGUACUAAUGAAUAAAUGGUUGCUGUUUUGUGGUUGAAUACAGCCUAGUAUUAGUUUGAAGAAAUGCAUAUUUAAUAGGGCUUCCAGAUGAGGAAACAUUUUGAAUUUGAUUUAUUUUAUCACAUGUUUACGUUCCUUGGCCAUGAAAACAUACCAUGGAAGGGUUUGAAUGACUUCAAGAAUGCUAACAUGCUCACGUUAGCAUGCUAACACCUAGCAUGAUAGCACUAAAUGUCUGCUUAAGUUCCUAUUCAUGAAAAUCUUUAGCAUGCUAGUAAUGCUAACAUUAACAUGCUAACACAGAGCGCAACGUACUGGGAAGAUUAGAUGUCCCGAACAAGUGUUCCAGCUAUUUUUUGUGGAGUUAUAUCCACAAAUGCCGAAAAUGUGAAAGUUGAAGAUGUUGAAGUUAGCGUUAAAGAUGAAAGGAUGAUAUUUUGAACAGCAACUCAUGAAGAUAAAGGAUUAAAUUCCAAAACCACUUUGUAGAGCAGAACUUCAUCUAAAACCAGCAAGGUGGGUCUGAUACGGCUUCUGGUGGCCGUAUUGAUCUUAUUCCUAUCCAGCGUCGCCGGGAGCCGUACUGAACGAUACCAACGAACACCAAAACGCGCCACAAUGAUCUUGACGUGUUCGGCUGCAGCCUGAUGGAAGCGCCGAUACCUCGCCACCUCUCCACUGAAGCGCGACAUGGCAAGUAAGUAUCCCUCACCGUCCUCCUGUAUCGCAGCGAGCAACGGCUAACCUAAUGAAUGACCUUUGCAAGGUUGUUACCGACAGUGAAAUGUGCUGUGAUAUUAUGGACUGAUAUCUACGUCAACCAUCCGGAUGUCACUCCAGUCGCUACAGUUCAGUACUUCUGCACAGAAAGCUAAAUAGCUCUCAGAGGGAGGCUCCCUCCGGUGGACACGGGCUGUCAUUGCUGGCAAUACUCCACUCUAUCCUAACGACUGGCGUUUUGCAUCCCAAAAGGGUGAAACCAGUGGUGACUCUACACCUUGGAGGAUAAACAUUUGCAUGCUACACCGUGCCUUCAGACUAGAGCCGUCCUACCUAGUCUUUGAGCGUGAACUGAGGAUGAGAGGCGAAAUGUCUUCUUGGACAACGAAAACAGUGGAGUUGCGGUAGUCCAAAAAGUGCUCUGGUUUGGCAUGGUGGGGGUUGGGUACCUUGCCCAAGGCUACUGGAGAACCGAGGACCGAACCGGCAACCGUCAGAUCGGAAGGCGUGCUAGCCUGCUAAGUUUGAAAACGUGGAAGCGUUUCCCGAAUGUUCUGUGCUCAAGCCUAACUCCUGGAAAGUUUUUAUUGACCAGCGACUGUGGUCCGUCGUCCGUCAGGUUUGAUGAGCGGCCCUUCAGAAACCUUCCCUACCUGCACACCUUACUGCUGGACCACAACCUCCUCACCAGCCAGGCCUUGCGGGAGGAAGCGCUCAGCGGUCUUCCCCGUCUCCAGGUGCUGGCAUUGGGCCACAACCACAUAGGCCAGGCACGUCCUCUUGCGCUGGAAGAAAACCCAAAGGUGUAUGCAGUGGAAUGCCCAGCAGGGAGUUACCCAGCAUGCCUUAUCCGAGCCGACGGGCUUAAAGGCACCAGCGCUCUUCGCAGCCUGAAGCUGGAAGGAAACCAGAUCACCAGACUGGAUGCUGGUUGGCUCCCUCUCGAUGAUCUGAAGGAUCUGGAGAGUCUAGAUCUAUCAGGCAACCUGAUCAGUCAAGGAGUCAAGGACUCAAGGAGCUUCUGGGACUCGGUGCAUCUUCGCUGCUUGGAUUUGUCCAGGAAUCGUCUGAGCUCAGCCGUGUCUCAGUCGUUGUCUGACCUCAGCCGGCCGGCCGACCUCAACCUCCACCUCAACUUGUGGAUCUGCUCCUGCCAGCUGCUGGACUUGGCUGCCUUCCUUUCAGCCUUCAUGCAGCAACCUGACAAGACUCUGAACAACGGACCAAGGAUGGUGUGUGUGAGCGCUGCCAACCCGGCCGUACGCGCCGUGCUGGAGCUGACUGAUGCCAACUGUGUCCGGUCCAAUCACAACAUCACCGUGCACGUGGAGGCCGCAGACAGCGUGACGCCCAAAACAUACGCUCGGGAUUUGGCCAUCACUGCCGUCAUCUGCUUUAUCGGUGGCGUUGCCUUGACACUUGUCGUAGUCCUCGUCUACUAUCAAGUUUCUCGUCGAAAGAAAGUGGCAAAGAGUCCGAACCUGAGAGAGACGGACGAAGGAAGCAGCACGUUAGCAAACCAUCUCAUCCACCACUGUGAUGUGGCUGACAAGCACAGCCGACUCUUUUUGCAAGCUCACCAGCUACUGGACAGCCAGACUUUGCCACGGGAUGGAAGGUCGGGCAAGCCUGGCGGCCAGUUUCGGGUUCUGGACGAUGAAAACGACAUUUCUUUCACGUGUGCAGAUUGCAAGGCUAAUGGAUGGCACGACAGGAUGAGGGGUGUAACACAGGUGGAGGAGGAGGCGGAGAGAAAGAGACUGAGGAUGAUGAUCAUGGAGGAAGACCGGCGAAGGAAACUCGAGAACCAGAAAGACAUUUCGGGAGGAGGCGUUCCUCACAAGUUCCUUUCUCGUGCUAGCGCUGUAUCUUCAUCUGGUCAAUGGAAGGACAUCUUCAGCCGUGUUGCUUAUCCCGCUUAUCCCGAUGAAGUUAAGAGGAGACAACCUGAGGUGCUUCAUUGCGAGAGCUGCAACAGGACGUACGGCCAGUCGGCACAGACUAUGAGACAAAGCAGGAUUCAUUCCCACGUCAGACACUCUGCUCUGUUUGAUGGCUUCCCCUCUCAAAGCAACCAGUUUCACUCCAUGAAGAACAUGAACUCUACAAGGCAAACCAGAAACGUCACCUUCGACCUGGAGAGUUCCAGAAGAUGGAAGAAGGAAAGAGACUCUUGGAGAAAGGCAAUGAAGCAAGACCAGGAGAGACGAGUGGAGAGAAAGCACAAAGGAAAGUCCGGCCGGAUGCUGAAGGCUAACUUGAAACCACGCCGCAAAAACAAAGUCCAUCCGAAAAGGAACAGUGAGUCCAAGAAGGGGAAAGAUGGAAGAAAAGAAAGCGAGGAGACAGAAGGCAAAGAAAGCUCAAGUGAGCGGUUGAAGGAAAGAAGAAAGAAAGGAAGUAAAGCCUCCAAGACGGAGGGACAGAUUGAGGCUGAUGAUCCAAAAGCUGAGGCGGCAUCCAGAAGAGCGCAGGAUGCUUCAGAAGGUGGCAAAGGAGAGACACGCCAAGAUCUCACAGACCCUUCCCACCCUACCAUAACAGAAGUGGCCUCCGUUACCGGGCGGGGCCCAAAUAUUCCAGAUGACGGAGUCGGUUUGGUUCUUGGGAGUCCUCAUCUUUCUUCGCAACCACCCCCCCUCCCUCUUAGCAACAGCAUCCAUGCAUGCAGUUUUCCCUUGCAAGGGUCAGCUGCUUCACUGCUAACAGACAGUAACCUCUCAACCCAGGGAGGGACACUUUUACUCAACACAGCCGCCCCAGCCAGUACUUCCCUGGUCCCCACUGGUCCUACCAGUAGUACCGAUCCAAACAUGCUGGUUAACAGAGCCGUCCUGGCCUUGGGUGGAUCUGCAGACAUUUUAAGAAGGCAAGAUAGCCUCAUAUCAGCUGGGAACUCACUUCUCCUAAACAGCACACAUGCCAGCCUUCUGCCGUCAAGUGUGUUCCAGACGCCGCCACUUCAUAGUUCCCAGCCUGGAGGACCUGGACCCAACGUAGCUGGUAAUUCGUCACACACGCAGCUCCUUUCUCAAAGCCAACUGGAUCUUGUUUGCGCUUCUCUUGACGCAGGAUGGAAGUCAGACCCAACCCCAGUUCAAGGUCCUCAGGCAGGGGAGGGACCAUCUCAUCUGGCCUCUGGAUCCGAACAACAGAGCUUGGUUCUCCCAAUUGAGGCUCCUGAAAUUGCAGCUAGUUCAGUAGCGCUGACCCCUCAGAACGCUCUUGACAACUUGUUUAAGAGCAACGUUCAGACAGAGGACGCGGGUGCGCCGAGCAGUGCUGCAGUCAGCGCGUCUGCUGGGGGAAGGCUUGGAAUUGAAGGUCAAGUAUUGCAGCCUGGAGACAUCCCCGGUUCUCCAGGUUCUUCACCACACAGCACGUCAUCUUCAGGCGGCACCGCAGCCGCCUCGCCUCUGCUGCAGCAGGAGUUCCUCUCAGAGGAAGGAGGCUCCUCUCCAAGGAGGAAACUGAGGCUGGUGCUUCCUGAGAAGACAUCCACCCGAGCACCGACCGCACUGGAGAAGAAGAUACGUUAGUUGUUCAAACACCUCCGCAGCUCACGGACGUCCAGGCUUCUCCACCAAGAGCCACAGAGUGAAAGAUGAAAGGAUGCAACCUUGUUACACUCUUAUAUAUUUCAUCUCAAGAAAAAGCACAUUAAUAAGCACAGUAUUCAUAUCAUAACCAAUCAUAUCAACUUCACUCUUUCUGUUUUUUGCUGUUUUUUAAUUUUCCAAAUCAUUCAACUUCCUUCUUAAAUAGUCUUUGUAAAUGUUCUUCCUGCAAUGUUAGGAAUUUAUUCCGAAAAUAUUAAAACUUUUUCCACAACCGAAUUUUCCAAAAAAUUCAGACUUGAUUGUGAGUAUUCCAUUCCAUUUUCCAUUCCAUUUUCCUCCACUUACCCGGGACGCGGGGGCAGCAGUCUUAGUAGGGAAGCCCAGACUUCCCGGUCCCCGACCACCUCCUCCAGCUCCACCGGGAGGACACCAAGGCGUUCCCAGGCCAGCUGUGAGACAUAAUCCCUCCAGCGUGCCCACCUGGGGCAGGACCUCAUUCCCAACCCGGAGAGAGCAAUCCACCCUUUUCCGACUGAGAACCAUGGCCUCAGAUUUGGAGGUGCUGAGUCUCAUCCCAGAAGCUUCACACUCAGAUGCAAACCGUCCCAGUAAACGCUGCAGGUCACAGCCCGAUGAGGCCAUCAGGACCACGUCGUCCGCAAAUAGCAGAGACGAGAUCAUAAGGCCCCCGAACUGGACUCCCUCGACACCUUGGCUGCGCCUAGAAAUUCUGUCCAUGAAAAUUAUGAACAGAAUCAGUGACAAAGGGCAGCCUUGGCGGAGGCCAACGUUCACCGGAAACAGGCUUGACUUACUGCUGGCAAUGCGAACCAGGCUCCUGCUCCGAUUACAAGGACCGAUUGGCACGUAGCAGCGCGCCAACAAUCCCAUACUCCCGGAGCAGCCCCCACAGGACACCGCGAGGGACACGGUCGAAUGCCUCUUCCAGGUCCACAAAGCACAUGUAGACCGGUUGGGCAAACUCCCAAGUACCCUCCAGUACCCUUGCAAGGGUGUAGAGAUGGUCCAGUGUUCCGCGACCAGGACGAAAACUACAUUGCGCUUCCUGUAGCCGAGGUUUGACUAACUGUCGUACCCUUCUCUCCAGCACACUGGAAUAGACUUUCCCAGGGAGGCUGAGCAGUGUACUGUUCCCGACUUGCACGCGAUGUUGAAGAGACGUGUCAGCCAAGACAGUCCCUCAAUAUCCAGAGCCUUGAGGAAUUCAGGGCGAAACUCGUCCACCCCCGGAGCUUUGCCACUGGGGAGCGUUUUGACUACCCCAGAUACCUCAGCCACGGUGAUGAAACUGUCCACGUUUGUGUCCUCAGCCUCUGCUUCUUCUAUGGAAGGUAUGUCAGUGGGAUUGAGAAGGGCCUCAAAGUAUUCCUUCCACCGCCCAACUAUAUCCUCAGUUGAGGUCAGCAGGCCCCUGUCCCCACUGUAAACAAUGUGGACUGGGCACUGCUUCCCCUUUCUGAGACGCCGGACAGUUUGCCAGAACCUCUUCGAGGCCGACCGAAAGUCGUGUUCCAUUGCCUCACCGAAUUCCUCCCACACCCGAGUUUUUGCCUCGACCACCGCCGAAGCCGCGUGCCGCUUGGCCUGCCGGUACCUGUCAGCUGCUUCAGAAGUCCCACAAGCCAUCCAUGCUCGAUAAGACUCCUUCUUCAGCUUGACGGCAGCCCUGACCUCUGGUGUCCACCAUCGGGUUCGGGGUUUACCGCCACGACAGGCACCGACCACCUUGCCGCAGCUCCGAUCUGCUGCCUCAGCAAUGGAGGCACGAAAUAGAGCCCAUUCGGACUCAAUAUCCUCGUCCUCCCCCGGGAUAAAGGAAAAGCUCUGCCGGAGGUGAGAGCUGAAGACUCGACGAACAGGAGACUCUGCCAAACGUUCCCAGCACACCCUCACUACACGUUUGGGUCUCCCGGGUCUGUCUGGCAUCCUCCCCCGCCAUCUAAUCCAACUCAUCACCAGGUGGUGAUCAGUUGACAGCUCAGCCCCUCUCUUUACCCGUGUGUCCAAAACAUGCGGACGCAGGUCUGAUGAUAUAACUACAAAGUCGAUCAUAGACCUGCGGCCUAGGGUGUCCUGGUGCCAUGUGCACUUAUGGACAUCCUUAUGUUGGAACAUGGUGUUUGUGAUGGACAAACUGUGGUUCGCACAGAAGUCCAACAACAACACACUGCACGGGUUCAGAUCGGGGAGGCCGUUCCUCACAAUCACGCCCCUCCAGGUCACACUCAUUGCCCACAUGGGUGUUCUCCCAGCAAAACGACGGAGUCACCAGUUUGGGUGCUCUCCAGCACCCCUCUGAUGGACUCCAAGAAGGCUGGGUACUCUGAACUGCCGUUCGGCGCGUACCACAAACGACAGUCAGGACCCUUUCUCCAACCCGAUGGCGUAGGGAAAUAACCCUCUCGUUAACCGGGGAUGACUCCAACACAGAGGCACCUAGACGGGGGGCUAUUAAUAAGCCUACACCAGCUCGCCGCCUCUCCCCAGCAGCAGCUCCAGAGUAGAACAAGGUCCAGCCCCUCUAGAGGAGUUUGGAUCCAGAACCCAAACUGUGGGUCGAGGUGAGUCCGACUAUAUCUAGUCGUGAUGUCUCAACCUCUCUCACAAGUUCACGCUCCUUCCCCGCCAGAGAAGUGACAUUCCAUGUCCCAAGAACCAGAUUUGGCCGUCGAAGACCAGGUCGCCCAGGCGCCCGCCCUCGUCCGCCACCCAAAGCGCAAUGCACCGGACCCUUAUGGUUGCCCCCGCAGGUGGUGGGUCCACGGGGGGGGGGAGAUCCCGUGUGGCUUGUUCGGGCUGAGCCCGGCUGGGCCCCACGGGUGAGAGCCCAACCACCAGGCGCUCGCCUAGGAGCCCCUCCCCCAGGCCUGGCUCCAGGGUGAGGCCCCGGUAUCCCACGUCCGGGUGACGUGCGGUCUCUCCUCGUGUGUUUAUUCAUACGAGUCUUCUGAAUCACUCUUGGUCUGGCCCGUCACCUAGGACCUGUUUGCCUUGGGAGACCCUACCAGGGGCAUGUAGCCCCAGACAACAUAGCUCCUAGGAUCACUCGGGCACACAAACCCCCCACCACAGUAAGGUGGUGAUUCACGGAAGGGUUGAUUGUGAGUAUUUCAAAGUAAAACGUACAAAUAAGUAAGGUGUUUUUUCUGUAAUAUUUCAACUCUGUGCUCCUAAAAGGACAUCAUAACAUCAUGACUUUAGUCUUCCAAGGUUUUUUACUUCGUAUUUUGGCUUUAUUUUGGAAAAAAUACAGCAGUCUUUUUGACAUUUCUACUCUUUUUCUUCAACUGUUUCAACCUUUUUCUUGUCAUUUUUCUUUUAGUCUGACUUUAUUUUGACCUUCAUUCUUAUGGUGUAACUUUUUCACCAACCAAGUUUUUCAAAAAUUACAACUUUAUUUUGUUUUAUUUUGUGUUUCUCCUAAUAUUAUGGCUUAAAAAUGUGUUUCUCUAAAUGUUAUCAUUUUAAAAAUAACCUCUUUUUCCUUUCAUAUUUCCACAUACAUCCUCAUUGAAUUUGCCCUUAAUAUUUUGACUUUAUUUUUCUAAAAUUACUGCAGAUUUUUUUUUUUUUUUUCAGUUUAAAAACAAAAGUGUUCUUGUUAAGUUACAUUUGUAGAAGGGGCCGUGGGCCAAUUAAAAAGCAGCCACAAACAAGUGAUGAUGCUGAAGGUAAAAAUGAUCAUUUUUGUCCUUGGAAAUGAAGUUCUUUGGUAAAGUGGAAAAAGUGGAAAGGAACUAAGUUGUCCUUGUGGUGUUUUGAUGUGAAUGAAAAUGGUUCGCCAUCUGCACUAGCCUCCACAGGAAGUACUGCACAGGACAGGAAACAGAUGUCUUCCUGACCGUUCACACUUCAGUAUAUGGGAUGCGUGUCGGGUUGGUAUCGACAUGCCAAUGUCGUGGGAGAACGGGGAUGGUUCUGUUCACACUGGCAUGAAAACAUCACAUACGUCACAUACAGCAUGCAGUCUUGCACAACUCUUAUUGUGCUAUGUGAGUGUGAAUGUGUGCGUGCCCAGAAGGGCCCUAUGAGCAGCUAUUAGACUGACUUACUGUAUGUCAAAAACAAACAACAAAAUAUCCCAUAAAAUAGCACCUUUACGUAAA